CUCCUCCUGCCCGGACCUGCAGGAAAUGGGUUCUGCGUGUCUGUAGCGAAGGGCUGUCAGGAAAUCGACGGCGCGGCAUCUCAGCACGAGUCGGAGCGCAUAGUCUGUUCUUCUCGGUCCUUUAAAAUGUGCGGAACGCUUUUCGAACGUGUUCGUCGCUCGCUCUGUGCGAGGUGGCCACCCCGCUGCUGAAAACUGACAGAGAGUAGUGCUUACAUUUCUGUAUAUAUAAAUUACCGAUAGAGAUCGCAUAGGUAGGUGGCUAGCGGCAUGGAGGGCUGAGACGGAGCCUCCGGGUCCCGUUCUCACAUGCGGACUCGUGUGCGCUCGGAAUGGAGCUCUUUCAAGCCAAAGACCACUACAUCCUCCAGAGCGGGGACAAGGCUCUGUGGUGGAGCCGCAGGGAUGGAGCCGUGGAGGUCCGACCCGCCACAGACCUGCUGCUGGCCUGGAAUCCAAUAUGCUUGGGUCUGGCGGAAGGCGUUAUUGGAAAGAUGCAGCUUCAUGCUGAUCUCCCGUUGGACCUGGUGCUGAUCCGGCAGAAGGCGCUGGUCGGCAAGCUUCCGGGGGGGCAUGAGGUCUACAAGAUCACCAAGAUCGCCGUGAUCCCCCUCUCGGAGGAUGAGCCGCAGGACCUGGAGCUGGAGCUGUGCAAGAAGCAUCACUUCGGGAUCAACAAGCCGGAGAAAAUUUCUCAGUCUCCGGACGAUUCCAAGUUCUUGCUGAAGACUCUGAGUCAGAUCAAGUCAAACGUUGCUGUACCGAUCAAGAAAAAGGUAAAGGAAAAUAAAGAGAAGGAGCGCCUGGAGAAGCGACUGCUGGAUGAGCUCUUCAAGAUAUUCGUGGACUCGGACUCCUUCUACUACAGCUUGACCUACGACCUCACCAACACCGUUCAGCGGCAGUGUGACACCGAGAAAUCCGGCCUCCCCCUGUGGCAACGGGUGGACGAUCGUUUCUUCUGGAACAAACACAUGAUCCAGGAGGUCAUUGACCUUCAGGUGCCACAGGUGGACUUCUGGGUGAUUCCCAUCGUCCAGGGUUUCGUUCAGGUGGAGGAGCUCAUAGUGAACUACAAUGAGGCCUCUGAUGAGGAGAGGAGCAGCCCGGACACACCCCCGCACGAGGUCACGUGCGUCGACGACAUUCACCCCCGCUUCACCGUGGCCCUCAUCUCCCGCCGUAGCCGGCAUCGGCCAGGUAUGCGGUACAAGCGGCGUGGGGUGGACAAAAGCGGCCACGUAGCCAACUACGUGGAGACGGAACAACUGAUCCACGUUCACAACCACACGCUGUCUUUUGUUCAAGCCCGCGGUUCAGUGCCCGUCUUCUGGAGCCAGGCCGGUUACCGCUACAAUCCGCGGCCUCGCCUCGACAAAGGUGAGAAAGAAACGGUCCCGUACUUCACAGCACACUUUGAAGAGCAGCUCAGGAUUUACAAGAAGCAGGUGAUCAUUAACCUGGUGGACCAAACGGGAAGGGAGAAGUUGAUUGGGGACGCCUAUCUCAAGCAAGUCCUGCUGUUCAACAAUCCCAGCUUGACUUACGUUUCUUUCGACUUCCACGAGCACUGUCGUGGGAUGAAGUUUGAGAAUGUACAGACUCUCACGGAUGCCAUCAGCGACAUCAUCAUGGACAUGAAGUGGGCCUGGGUGGACCAGGCAGGAGUCAUCUGCCAGCAGCAGGGCAUCUUCAGAGUCAACUGCAUGGACUGCCUGGACAGGACGAACGUGGUUCAGGCUGCCAUCGCCCGUGUCGUCAUGGAACAACAACUGAAGAAACUGGGUGUGAUGCCCCCCGAGCAGCCCCUGCCGCUUAAGUGCUACAGGAUGUACCAGGUCAUGUGGGCCAACAACGGGGACACCAUCAGCCGGCAAUAUGCGGGCACUGCUGCCUUGAAGGGGGAUUUUACCAGAACAGGGGAGAGAAAACUAGCUGGGGUGAUGAAAGAUGGCGUGAACUCGGCCAAUCGAUACUAUCUGAACCGCUUCCGGGAUGCAUACAGGCAAGCGGUUAUAGACCUGAUGAUGGGCAUCCCGGUGACGGAAGACCUCUACUCCAUCUUCACCAAGGAGAAGGAGCACGAAGAGAAGGAGAAGGAGAGGCAGCGGGGCCAGCAGGAGCAGGUCAGCCUCCUGCUCCAGACGUACAUGCAGCUGUUGCUGCCGGACGAUGAGAAGUUUCAUGGGGGUUGGGCUCUCAUCGACUGCGACCCCAGCCUGAUUGAUGCCACCCACAAAGAUGUCGACGUUCUCUUGCUGCUGUCUAACUGCGCUUAUUAUGUGGCCUACUAUGACGAUGAGGCUGAUAAGGUGAACCAGUACCAGCGACUCAGUUUGGAGGGGUUGGAAAAGAUCGAAAUAGGGCCAGAGCCGACUCUUUUUGGGAAGCCCAAGUUCUGCUGCAUGAGGCUUCACUACAGGAACGGUGAGACGAGUGGCUAUUUCCACACGCUGCGAGCGCUCACACGAAACCCUGAGGAUGAUGGCAAAGAUACUUUACAGUGCAUUGCUGAGAUGCUUCGCAUUACCAAACAGGCCAUGGGCCUUGACCUGCAGGUGUUAGAGAAGAAACUGGAGAGGAAGCACAGUAAACCUCAUGAGGAUAUCAUCGGCAUAGGGAGUAGGACCUCAGACCAGGUGCUAGGCAGCUCUGGUCUUACUCAAGGCAAAAACUUCCUCAUGAACAAGUUCUCCUCGCUAAACCAGAAGGUGAAGCAGACCAAAACCACCGUUAACAUCGCUAACUUCAAACCCCUUGGGCGCUUAGGGACCUUCUCCAAGCCAGAUGUGAAGGUCAACUUCUUGAAGCCAAACAUGAAGGUCAAUUUAUGGAAGUCUGAUAGUAGCCUGGAGACCACCGAUGGCAACCCUGCAACUGGGGGUCUCAAGGAGCACACAGACACUUCUGACCUAGAGAUCUCUUCAGACUCUGAUUCCUGCCAUUCCGAUGACCACCCUCAUUCCGGGUCUCUGGAGAACGUGGACUACGUCCUCCCCAGUUGUGGCAUUGUAGCCUCUGCCCCUCGCCUGGCCAGCCGCUCCCAGUCCAUUGGCAGCGUGGAGCUCACCAUUCCUUCCGUCAUCCGGGUCACCAACUGUGACGCCAAGAAAGGGGACCAGGCCAAGGCUGCUGAGGAUGACCAGUCUCCGGAACUGGCUUCCGAAGCAGAGGAGGCCAUCCUCAUUGACUUUGGGACGCCUAUAGAAGCAUACUGCCAUCAGUUUGUCCAAGAUGCACAGUGUAAAGUCCCAAAGAUACCAGAGGAGGUGGUUGGUGUUUCUCAGCCUGUCUCCCAGGAAACCUGUAGCAAUAAAGCCCCUGUGGAUGCAGGGGAACAGCUGGGUACCAGGGAGCAGCAGCAGCUCUCCAGGCCGUCCCAACUAGACGUUCAGCCUCCCACCUCCAAUGCAAACCUCCUCGCUGUCCAGGCACCUUCCUCAGCGGCCUCUUGCUCUUCGUUGAAGAGCCUGGGUUCUCAGGGGGAGGGGAGCACCGGGCCAUCCCCGGCCGAUGGUGCCGCCAGCCGCGUGGUGUCUCCUUUUGCCAAGAUCAAAAGUUCCAUGGUUCAGGUGGCCAGCCUGACUCAAGCAGGACUGACUCAAGGGAUCAACUUUGCGGUGGCGAAGGUGCAGAAGAGCCCCGAGCCAGAGGCCGUGAACGAAACUCAGCAAAACGAACUGAAAGCAAUGUUUACACAGUGCCAGACCAGGAUCAUCCAGAUCUAGCGGUCUCAGUUUGGCCUCUCGAAAGACUUCUAGUAGUUUGCAACUUCUAGCUACGUAGCAGUAGGAAAAAAAGCUUGCACAAGAGUCACGUUGACACAACCUGUAGCUAAUGAUUCUGAAAUUCCCUUGUUGGUUACCCGAUGUUUACAGCCAGUGUCGUGCAGCAUAUACCCAAGCUUGACGUAACAGUGCCCUUAAUCUCAAUGAUAUUUUGUCUCUUGACUCGUGAAAUACUCCAUUUGUGUUGCAUGUCAAGAUAUUGGUAGAAACAUUAGGCAGGUCAAAGCAAGUAAGUUUUAAAGUGCAUGUUGGUAACAUUUAAUGUGAGAAAGCUCUAACUUAGUAACCUUAAAUGUGCAUUAUACCUAUUGGCGUCCACUAAUUUUAGUUAUAGCUCUGUUUACCAAUAGUAGACAUUAGGGAAACCCCACCAAAUCUUCUGUAGCCUUCACCAGGUGGUAACUCCAGCUCUUAGAGAUUAAAAAUGUACAGAAUGGCAUUAAGCAACUAGAAUGUUGUCAGUGUCAUGCUUAUUGUUAUUAAAGCAGUUAGUAAGCAUUAGUUAUGACAAGUUGACGGAAAUAAUUGAAUCAGUCAGCAGUUUGCCUCUUAAUUUCGACAAUACAUUCCCCAACUGUUUGCCCUUUGGUGGAUUGAUGUUUACAUUAUGUACUGUUUAGAGGGUGUCAUCCUGCUGGUAUUGAGGUUACUGUAUGUUGUCUUGUUCAAUCUCCACUUUAAGAACUCAGUUUCUGUCUUUUGACUCAGGAUUUCUGAGCUGUAGAAGCAGGUUGUCGGUCCGAUUUCCAGAAGAGCAGCCUUUGUUGUAUGCUUGACAAAGGUGCUUAAACCGAAUUUCUCCAGCGAGUACCCAUAAGUUACGCUUGUAUCUACCGUCACCUUGGAUAAAGACUAUUGGAUAGACAGAUAAUGUAACAAAGCUGGAGAUGAAAAGUUAUGGAGAGCAAUUGUGACUAAAUUCCAUAAAUCUGUUACAUCUUUUCUGACAUUCUAGAUGGUCCAUGUUCUUAAGGGAGGGUAAUCCAUUGAUAAUUUAAACUGUUUUCUCCCAUCUUGUAGAAGUUAAAUGGAAAUGUACUGUUGUAUUCUAUGGAAAUUUACCAUCUAUUUGGUAGAAUACCAUGCUGCUCAUGGAUCACAAGAAUGUCGUCUUCAUGCUCAGUUAUCACGUACGCAUAUUUACGGCAUCAUACAGCUUCUGAAGUCUUACAUGUUCUUCAGGUCUCGCAAGUGGAGUCAUUCAAUAGGAAAAUAUUAGAACUUAUCCAAGGAGCAUAUGCUCACUGUAUAAAUGCACUGUGUUGUGUAGUAAAUAUAUUCCAGAUGCUCAAGUCAAAGCCUUAAAAAAAAAAAAUGCUUCAGAAAUACAGUAUAUAUCGGUCAGAGAAGCUGUUGUUCAUAUUUCUUUUGUGUGGACACAUCUUGUGUACAAGUGUCUUGGUAUAAACUGACAUUUUUAUUUAAGCUUCACUAAAAUUCCCGGUUGUGGGACAGUGAAAAAAGUAUAAACUGACGGUCAACAGGUGACGCUUUUAGUGACACGGUAGUGGCUCAGCUAAAUUAAGUGCUAAAAUGCUUGUAACUGGGUACUUCAUGCUCAUAUCAUGUGGCACUGCCAAAUUUCUACAGCAGCGGCUGGAAGUGCAAUAAAGAGGCAAGCUGCUUGGAUUUCCGGUUCCCAGUGGUAGGUUGAAUUCUGUGCUGGCAGGGAGUGCAAGCCCUGGACUAGGGUAGCUUUCCGUCUUGAAAUGAAAUUAUCUUGAACAGAACGAGGUACGUAAUAAAGACAAAAUGAACUGAAAGAUGUUUUAAGUGCUCUCUCUCCAGAUUUUAAUGUACAGAGUUUUUCCACUUCUUGGGUUUUCUUCUUCCUUGUUGUUCUCUGUAAUUGCACUUUUUUUGUUUACUCCAUUUGUUACACCAUUGGGCGGGACAAAAAAGGUCUCAGAUUCGGCACCGAGCGCUUUUGAAACCCUCGUCUCUAUGUUGAAUCUGUUGACUGAAAGCUGGGAUUUGUAACGGUGACCAACCGUGUGCUGAAGAGAACGCCGAACUGUCGUUGCGCUGGACCAUUCUGCUCUACAUGAGUGUACAGCUACCUUACUUGGACAGUUGGCUCGUGUCUCUUGCGGCACACAGCUGUUGCAGAAUUUGAGCGUCUUAUCCAUUGCCUUUCCUCUUUCCACCUCUUGUUGAUACUUUCUCCUUCAUGGCAGAAUUUGACAAGAAACCUCAUGUCUCAAACUUCCAUUUUUAUGAAACAUUCUAUUUAUUCUUUUAUCACUGUACCAUGCUCUCACGGAGUAUUCAAUGUUAACGGCAACUAAAUAUUGACGAUAAGUGUGAACUGCUGUAUUUUAAGAUGUGAGGGAUGUAUAUGGGAUAUUUUAUUAGUAAAAC